AUGACUGAAAGCGUUCUUUUCGAUAUUCGAAAUUGGAUUCCGACCUACCUUACACCAAAGUAUGGCUUGGACACAUCCAAAAAGGAAAAAUCUGGCAUCUUCAUUGACGACUUGGCCAUCAUGCUGAACCACCUUUGGAUCCGUGACGAGGAGAUUUUUGCUCACGAGCGGCUUCGUGUCCAGUUAUCGGUUAACUUGAUCCUGGCCGGCGCUACCGCGACCAGGCCGGGAGCCUUGAUUGGGCAGUUGCUCUACGAGAACUUAGAGUUCCAACUGUUUCCUCCGCUGGAAUGGUAUGACCUUCGCCGAGGGUCUGGCAAGAAAUUAAAUGAAGCGCUCACGCCAGAGGAGAGAAACAAAAUUAUGGGACAUCGAAGGGGAGAUUCGAGCACUUACUUGCAAUAUUAUAUGUCAAACUUCAUUGACGUGGAUUGUUACCGCAGCCGAGAGCACGCAGAAGGCACUGAAAUGCAGAAGCGAUACGACCGUUACAACAAGAAGAUUAACAACUUGCGCCGGGUCUUGAAGGCGUCUCAAUUACAAAAAGCCAUUCAAGACUUUCACACCAAUGUCCAUGUGGACGAGGUUGAUCGACAACUCCGGGGUGUAAAGCCUGCCGACGUCAUCUCACCGCCAAACAUAGAACACGGCAUCUUUACUCUCUUUGCGUGUGGAUUUGAUAUCGGCACUCACCCGGCUUUGCAAGCGACGUGA